AUGAGUGCUAUGUCUCGCCCUGCUAAUAAUUACGAGAUGUCUCACACUAUCCUGUUAGUGCAGCCGAGCAAGAAACCCGAAGGCAGGACUUAUUCUGAUUAUGAAAGUGUCAACGAGUGUUUAGAAGGUACUUGCAAGAUAUUUGAGGAGUAUUUGAAGAAGAUGAACCCAAAUUCUCCUUCAAUCACAUACGACAUCAGUCAGCUUUUUGAUUUCAUUGACCAACUGGCUGAUCUAACAUGCUUAGUGUUUGAUAAAGCCAGUGGAAAGUAUGUGCCCCACAACAAAGCCUGGAUCAAAGAAAAAAUAUAUGUCCUUCUAAGGCAGCAGGCCGGCAAAGCCUAA